GAACGUACAAGACUUGGUGUCUUUUCAGAGAAAAUUGGGAAAGUGAUAUUGGGUGGUCUUCGACGCAGUUUUUCUUGACCGAGACUCUUGGCUGUCUACUGCAAAUUCUUCUUUUCAUUACUUCAGCUGCGGUCGUCCUAUUUCGUCGGUUACGAGCCUACAAAACAUUGAAGCGACGCUUUGGAUCCAUUCCGCAUACUAUGGCUAGUAAUAGUGAUGUUGAGUUUUCAACGAAUCAUUCACGCUGCGGUUUUCCUAUGGCUGUUGUAGCUCACGCUUUUUCCGGUUACGGCGAGGGAGAAAUGCCGCGAUCGAAAGCCGAGCUGGAAAUCAUGCAGCUAGCAGGCUCAAUUCGGGAUAAACCACUUUGGUGGAAUAAAGUUCGCGAUCCUUCCAUUACCAAUCGCUGGCAAGCCGAGUCGCUGAAUGGUGUCAAUGAUUCGGAAGCUGACUGUGAAUAUCGUACACGACAAUUUCUUUUUGCGCUUAGGGAAUGCCAGUGGCAGGCGAUGCAAUAUCCGGGACCAGGUCGUCCAGCGGCGGUCGAUCGAGCCUUUUCGAGUGAUGGCCAUGAUGAAUCCGAGCUCUGGUCCAAGCUGUUGUCUGAAAUCAAUAAGUUACGAUCGCUACCAGCGGUUGGGUCGAACAAGGAAGAUCGUCAUCCGGGAACUCCUCAGAUGGUGGACCUAGUCCAUCCUUCUCUUUAUGCAUAUGAGCGAGGGAAAACAGAAGUCCUGCCUCACGUGCCCGCUAGUAUGAGCCAGAUGCCACAUUGGGAUAACUUCUUGGGUGUGGCCGGUGUCACUGAAAUACCGCCAAGGAAGAUCGAUGGCCAAGGAUUUUUUUCACCGGGCGGCCUACAGUGGCUUCCUGCGGAAUUCAGAGUCAACGCUGCUGGAGAUUCAUGUAAAAUUAGUUCGUACAUCAAUUCACUCCAUCCGACAGAGUUCGCGGAGUUGUACGAUUCCAUCGGAGAGUUGUUUUGCAGGGCGCUUCCCCUUUUGGAAAAUACCUUGCGGGAGGCUGGUCAUGGACCUUUGGAAGACGGCGAACACUGGCAAAAGAACUAUCGUGAACGUGACCACAGAGUGCCUAUCGUGUCUGAUUGGUGGGAAGCGCCUCGAAGUCAGCUGGAGGGCGAAGAUGACGAUUUAUAUUAUGAUUACCUGGAUGACUUUCAUGAGAUUCGAGAGUUUAUUCCGCCUGAAAUACCAGACUUCACGCCCCCAUCGUAUAAUGUGCCAGAGGCUGAUGUUUCCUUGCGAAACUGUCCCCUCCAAGUGAUUGUCAAGGUUGCGUCCUUGGAGAUUGAACCGGGAGAAUCCUACGAGGGGGGAGUUUGGCAUGUAGAAGGUACUCUAGAUGAACGGAUAGUGGCAACGGCCUGUUGCUAUCUAAAUAACACGAAUGUGCAAGGUGGCGAUCUGGCUUUCCGCGUGGCAGUAGCCGAGCCAGAUUACGAGCAAGGCGACGACACGGGUGUAAGGAAUGUCUACGGUUUGGAAGAUGACGAACCGUUGGUUCAAUUUAUUGGCAGCUGUAGCACUCCGACUGGACGAAUACUGGCCUGGCCCAACACGCUGCAACAUCGGGUAGGACCCGUUCGUCUCAUUGACGAAUCAAAAUAUGGAAAGCGCCUCAUAGUUUGCUUUUUCCUUGUGGAUCCAACGCUACGGAUCCGUUCGACGGCAACCGUACCACCGCAACAACUUGCUUGGGUAUCCGAUAUGUGCAAACCAAUCCUGAAUGUGGUCGGCUCAGGUGCUGCUGAACCAGGAAUUCAAAAUAUGAUUGUUGCAAGAUUGGCUUCCCCUUCUUUGCUUACCUAUGAUCAGUCGUGCGAACGUCGUAAUCGUCUUAUGGAGGAAAGGCGUGCAAUAUAUGAAAAAACUGGUGGAUACGAUCAUCAAAAAUUUUACGAGCGACCGUUCUCUCUGUGCGAACACUAACUAACUGUAAAUCAUAUGAAAAUGAGAAAAGAACUUUAUAAUGCGUU